AUGCCAGCUAUUGAACAAAAAAUUAGGCUAAGAAUUCACCAUUGUGGUACACUUGUUCACAGUCCUGUUAAAUGGUACCUAGAUGGGGAUGUAACAGAAUUGAAUUGGGCAUGGGAUGUUUAUUAUAUAUCUUACAUAGAGCUAAAGAAAUUGAUUCAUGAGUUGGGAUAUACAGGUUUGAAGUGCAUUUGGUAUGUAAAUCCUAGGUUUAGUUUUGCUAAAGGUCUUACAACUAUAGAAAAUGAUAGGGAUGUACAAAUAUUUGCUAAAGAUGUUGAGGGAUUUUAUUUAGGGGAUGUCUAUGUUGAGCAUGGUAUUGGUAUCCCUGUUGUAGUAGAUGAGGAAGAGUUGGGAAAGGAUUGGAAUUUGGCUGAGAAUGUGGCUGAGGAUGAUCCUAAUGUUGAGGUUGAGAAUAUGAAUGAGGGUGUCACUAAUGUUGAGGUUCAGAAUGUGGUUGAGGGUGAUCCUAAUGUUGAGGUUGAUAAUAUGGAUGAGGGUAAGAAUGUUGUUGAGGGUUCUACUAAUGUUGAGGGUGAAAAUAUGCAAGAGGGUGAUAAUAAUGUUGAGGCUGAUUCUGAUGAUGUUGACUUUGUGGGUGAUUCUGAUGAUGAUUCUAUAGAAUUGGAUUGGACUAUUAUAUUACCUACAGAUACAUCAGAAGUACCAACUGAGCAUGUUGUGGAUGAGGAUUCAGAUCAGCUAUACACUCCACCUGCUAGUGAAGAUGAACAAGAGUAUGAACAUUUUCAAAAUUUCCAAAGUAGUGAGACAUUGAAUUUCAAAUUAGGUUUGGCCUUUAAUAAAAAGGAUGUGAUCAAGGAUGCUAUCAAAGAGUAUGCAAUGGUUAACAAAAAAAUGUAUACUUCAAAAAGAAUGGUGGAAAAAGGAUGGUGA